AUGGCAUACCCCCUCCAAUUAGGCUUCCAAGAUGCAACAUCACCCAUCAUAGAGGAACUCCUGCACUUCCAUGAUCACACGCUAAUAAUCGUCUUUCUAAUCAGCUCCCUAGUUCUCUAUAUCAUUACUUUAAUACUCACAACCAAACUCACUCAUACUAGUACAAUAGACGCCCAAGAGGUAGAGACCAUUUGAACCAUCCUCCCCGCCAUCAUCUUGAUUAUAAUCGCCCUGCCUUCCCUACGAAUCCUCUACAUGAUGGACGAAAUCAACAGCCCCUCCCUCACCGUAAAAACCAUGGGCCAUCAGUGAUAUUGAAGUUACGAAUACACAGACUACGAAGACUUAAACUUCGACUCCUACAUAAUCCCAACAUCAGAUUUAAAACCAGGAGAGCUACGACUAUUGGAAGUAGAUAACCGAAUAGUUUUACCCAUGGAGAUAACAAUUCGUGUACUAGUCUCCUCCGAAGACGUACUGCACUCAUGAGCUGUACCCUCCCUGGGCCUAAAAACAGAUGCAAUUCCUGGACGCCUAAACCAAACAACCCUGAUAUCAACGCGACCGGGCUUAUUUUAUGGGCAGUGUUCAGAAAUCUGUGGCUCAAACCACAGCUUUAUACCAAUCGUCCUCGAGCUAGUACCCUUAAAGAGCUUUGAAAAAUGAUCUACCUCUAUACUAUAA